CCAUUUAUGUUUAUAUAAUAGACUAAGUAUUACUCAUUACAAGUACAAUAAAUAUUUGUUGAUCCGGUUGAUGUAACCGUAAGCCUUGUUCUCAGUCCAGUGAACGUAUACAUUUUACUGAUAAUCUAGAAGUAUUAAUUCCUAUACACCAAAAGAUCUGCGUAUCAUCCCCCUCUUGGAAUACACAUUCACUUGCACAUAUCCCCGGCCUGCUCCUCGCAACAGAGCUUGCUUUGGGGAGGAAAUUUCAGGAUCACCUCCAGAAGAAAACACCGACAGCGCUCCUAGAGCCAUCGUGGUGCCCACCAGCAACUUACGGGCUCCAAGUGAAAAAAGAGCGCGGGUUGUUGGGGGGGGGGGGCGGGGGCGGGGAGCGGGAAACUCCAUCACAGACGCAAGUGAAAACUCCUGCGGCUUCUAGAUUCCAUCCGAGAAGGAAAGAUGAAAAUCAAGGUUAGGAAGUAGUGGCAGGGCGGUGUCCCCUGCCUUGCUUUAAUUCACGCGGCUCUCGUAACAAGCCACAGAUCUGCAUCACUCAAGCGGGCUUCCCAGUCCUCAUCUCCCCUCUGGAGUCACCCGGAGAAGGGUCUUCUCCGACCGCAGAGUGGUAAUUAGGGAAGAUCGCAGCGGGAGAAACUCCGCCAGGGUAGAAAGGAGCCUGGGGGCGACGGUCCGCCUAAUCGUUCCAGGAAGCCCCUCCGCGUGCCGGUGGGCGGGCGCCCAGGCCCGAGGAUGCGGGGCAAGGAGGCGGGUACUGGUGAUUCUCCUGGCAGCCCCCGCCCGCCCCGCCAGGGGGAGCGUCUGCGCCCGACGGCGGCUGCGGGGCCUGGGCUGGCGGCGCAGGGCGUUGGCUCGGUUUGGCGGCUGCCCUCCCGCGUCCCCACCCCCUCCCCGCCCGCCCCCGGCGCGGCCCUGCCCGCCCCCUCCGCCCCCUCCCGCAGCGCCAUGCGCAGACUCAGUUCCUGGAGAAAGAUGGCGACAACCGAGAAGCAGAAACACGACGGGCGGGUGAAGAUCGGCCACUACAUCCUGGGUGACACGCUGGGGGUCGGCACCUUCGGCAAAGUGAAGGUUGGCAAACAUGAAUUGACUGGGCAUAAAGUAGCUGUGAAGAUACUCAAUCGACAGAAGAUUCGGAGCCUUGAUGUGGUAGGAAAAAUCCGCAGAGAAAUUCAGAACCUCAAGCUUUUCAGGCAUCCUCAUAUAAUUAAACUGUACCAGGUCAUCAGUACACCAUCUGAUAUUUUCAUGGUGAUGGAAUAUGUCUCAGGAGGAGAGCUAUUUGAUUAUAUCUGUAAGAAUGGAAGGAAAUCUGAUGUACCUGGAGUAGUAAAAACAGGCUCCACGAAGGAGCUGGAUGAGAAAGAAAGUCGGCGUCUGUUCCAACAGAUCCUUUCUGGUGUGGAUUAUUGUCACAGGCAUAUGGUGGUCCAUAGAGAUUUGAAACCUGAAAAUGUCCUGCUUGAUGCACACAUGAAUGCAAAGAUAGCUGAUUUUGGUCUUUCAAACAUGAUGUCAGAUGGUGAAUUUUUAAGAACAAGUUGUGGCUCACCCAACUAUGCUGCACCAGAAGUAAUUUCAGGAAGAUUGUAUGCAGGCCCAGAGGUAGAUAUAUGGAGCAGUGGGGUUAUUCUCUAUGCUUUAUUAUGUGGAACCCUUCCAUUUGAUGAUGACCAUGUGCCAACUCUUUUUAAGAAGAUAUGUGAUGGGAUCUUCUAUACCCCUCAAUAUUUAAAUCCUUCUGUGAUUAGCCUUUUGAAACAUAUGCUGCAGGUGGAUCCCAUGAAGAGGGCCACAAUCAAAGAUAUCAGGGAACAUGAAUGGUUUAAACAGGACCUUCCAAAGUAUCUCUUUCCUGAGGAUCCAUCAUAUAGUUCAACCAUGAUUGACGAUGAAGCCUUAAAAGAAGUAUGUGAAAAGUUUGAGUGCUCAGAAGAGGAAGUUCUCAGCUGUCUUUAUAACAGAAAUCACCAGGAUCCUUUGGCAGUUGCCUACCAUCUCAUAAUAGAUAAUAGGAGAAUAAUGAAUGAAGCCAAAGAUUUCUAUUUGGCGACAAGCCCACCUGAUUCUUUUCUUGAUGAUCAUCACCUGACUCGGCCCCAUCCUGAAAGAGUACCAUUCUUGGUUGCUGAAACACCAAGGGCACGCCAUACCCUUGAUGAAUUAAAUCCACAGAAAUCCAAACACCAAGGUGUAAGGAAAGCAAAAUGGCAUUUAGGAAUUAGAAGUCAAAGUCGACCAAAUGAUAUUAUGGCAGAAGUAUGUAGAGCAAUUAAACAAUUGGAUUAUGAAUGGAAGGUUGUAAACCCAUAUUAUUUGCGUGUACGAAGGAAGAAUCCUGUGACAAGCACUUACUCCAAAAUGAGUCUACAGUUAUACCAAGUGGAUAGUAGAACUUAUCUACUGGAUUUCCGUAGUAUUGAUGAUGAAAUUACAGAAGCCAAAUCAGGGACUGCUACUCCACAGAGAUCGGGAUCAGUUAGCAACUAUCGAUCUUGCCAAAGGAGUGAUUCAGAUGCUGAGGCUCAAGGAAAAUCCUCAGAAGUUUCUCUUACCUCAUCUGUGACCUCACUUGACUCUUCUCCUGUUGACCUAACUCCAAGACCUGGAAGUCACACAAUAGAAUUUUUUGAGAUGUGUGCAAAUCUAAUUAAAAUUCUUGCACAAUAAACAGAAAACUUUGCUUAUUUCUUUUGCAGCAAUAAGCAUGCAUAAUAAGUCACAGCCAAAUGCUUCCAUUUGUAAUCGAGUUAUACAUAAUUAUAACGGAGGGCUGGAGUUUUGGAAUGCAAUUUGCACAGGGAUUGGAACAUGAUUUAUAGUUAAAAGCCUAAUAUGCAGAAAUGAAUUAAGAUCAUUUUGUUGUUCAUUGUGCAGUAUGUAUAUAGCAUAAUAUACACAGUGAAUUAUAGGUCUCUCAGGCUUACUUGAUUUUUGGCUAUUUUAUAUUUAGUGUACACAGGGCUUUGAAAAUAUUAAUUUACAUAAAGGCCUUCAUAUAUUAUUACGUGUUAUAUAUUUGCUUCAUAAAUUUAUUCAAUAAAUAUUUGCCUAGAAUUCUCAAGACCUUUAUAGGUGAUUUUGUUUUCUGGGCUCCUUAACUUCUUAAAUAGCUAGUAUCUUCCAGCAGUAUUAACAGUCUGGAUAACUUCUUCCAUAUCCCUCCCUCUUUGUUUUUUUGAGAGUCUCACUCUGUCACCCAGGCUGGAGUGCAAUGGCAUGGUCUCGGCUCACUGCAACCUCCGCCUCCCAGGUUCAAGUGAUUCUCCCACCUCAGCUUCCUGAGUAGCUGGAACUACAGGUGUGUGCCACCACACCCGGCUAAUUUUUCGUAUUUUUAGUAGAGACGGGGUUUCACUAUGUUGGCCAGGCUGGUCUUGAACUCCUGACCGCGUGAUCCAUCACCUCAGCUUCCCAAAGUGGUGGGAUUACAGGCGUGAGCCACCGCACCCGGCCUCCAUAUCCCCCUUUUAAAAUUCUGUAGUGUAUGGUAAGUCAUAUCAGAUAUCAGACCUAAUUUAAAUUUCAUUUUAGCUUUACAAGUCCAAAAACACAGAAUUUAUAUAUUCAGAUACUCUAGCACUAAUUUUAAUCUUAAAAUAUUCCCACGAUAUUCUGUACGCAAAAUGUUCUUUUUGUUACAAGAGCUGAGUUGCAUAUACUGUAAAUAAAUCAUACUAUUUUUGCCAAUUUCACAAAUUCCUCUGGCUCAUCAUGUCAGUCAUUACUGAGUAUAUGCAAACAUUGCUAGUUAUUUGAUUAUGUAUCUUUUAAAUUGAUUCAGUGCAUAGAAAACUAUCUCUUACAAACUUUAAGUGCUCUGAUAUGACUUCCUUCCCAAAUUUUAUUAUGAACAUUUUUAAAAACAGAAAAAUUGAAAAACUGUUCAGUAAGCACAUGUAUAUCUACCAUUUCGAUUCAGCAGUUGUUAAUGUUUUGUCAUUUGUUUUCUCUAUACCUAUAUAUGUAUAGAUACAGCUAGUUAUGCAUAUAUAUGCAUAUAUGUAUUUGUGUGUGUAUGUAUAUAUGCUUUUUUCCCCGAACCAUUUGGAUGUUACAGACAUACUUAUCACCAUGAAAAUACUUCAAGUAUCUCCUACAGAUAAUGACAUUCUCCUAAAAAUCUGUAAUACUAUUGUAAAAGUAAUAAUUCCCCAAUAUCAUCUAAUCAAGCCAUAUUUAAAUUUCUGAAGUUAACUCCAAAUUUCUUUAUACCUGAUUAUUUCAAACUAGGAUUCAAUUAAAGUUUACAUAUGACACUUGGUUCUAACUCUUUAGUUGGAGAUAUUAUUAUUAUUUUGAUAAAAUGUGGAACAAAUCGAUUCUAUUAAUAAGUGGUCACAUUUGUUUUGGGCUUAAAUUACUUUUUAAAGAUACUGGAUUUUCCUAAGAUUUCUGAUUUACAUUGAUAUUUUCUUUUUGUCAUUCUUAACUGCAUCACACAAUAGAUGUAAAUGAAGAUUUAGUCACCUCAGAUAAAAUUGGUAUCGUGUAUGAUAAUAUUGUAUCAUUGAUAUUUGCCUUAUGUUAACUUUAAGAAAUUGAUUUUUUUGUAUUAAUCCUUUUCCCAUUGCAACAGAGCUAUAUUUUUUCUAUUUUAAGAAUCAUGUUUUAGGAUUAUUUUUGGCAAAUACAGUGAGCACUUACGUAACCAGAUGAUAAUGAACUCAAAUGUCAUGAUAGCUUGCAUAAAUGGUGACUCUAGUAGAUUUGACUCAAGCACUUCUAGAAUGAUGCACUGAAUUCAAAAGAAAAGUCUUGCUGCUUUUUGUCCAGGGCUUGUUCUAUUCAACUUCUAAUUUGAAAGCUGUACAAAGUAAUAGAAGUUCCAUUUAAAUAUGAGUUCAAAACUGUAUUUACUUGUUAUGUGGCCCUUUCUUUAGGGGAUUCUAAUUUUACUUAGGGUCUCUAAAUGCAGCAUAAUGUUCCUGAUGUUAACAGAAGACUGUAUUUUUAAAGUUACAAAUUUGUAUAUAGAAUUAAGUAAUGGCGCUAUAUAAGCUGUUGUGGGGAGGGGGGAAGAAAAGGAGGAACCAAUUAAAUAGGACCUUCUAAAAAUUGUUAAUUUUGUAAACUUUGCUUCUCUUAUAAGUUAUUGUGAUUCAUUUUAGUUACUGCAUUUUAUUUUGAAAAUAUUUAAAUAUUGCACUUCUAUAAAUAGUAUGAUAAAUGCACAGACAAUUGCAGUAAAUUCUUUUUUAAGCUAGGAUAUUUGAAAUGACCACCUUUGGUUAAGUGUGUCAAGGUUGCAACAGAAUUUUCACAAUAUUUUUGUUGUUUGCAAAUUGUUACUAAUAUUGAAGAGGUAAGGGAGGCAAUGCAAAUGAUUUUUAAUCUUUUUUUAUUAUCUUUUCAGCAAUUUAUAUUUUUUGUGACUUUAUGCAACCAUAUUUUUACUUUGUCUUGACAACUGAAAGAUGUAUAAGGUUUUUUGCCAGAAAUGUACUGUAUACAUAGUUUUAAAUAUAACAGAUUUUACUGAUAUGUAAAAAUUUUGCCAUUAAAAUAAAUGAUUUCUCACUGAGAGGAACUUUUCUACCAGGUUGGGGCAUAUGGGAGCUUAAUAUAUCAUAUCUAAUUUAAAAUAAUUUCACUGAAAUAAACUCCAUUGCUUUUACCUAA